AUGAGAGUAACACAACCUGUGGGUAUUGUAUAAAUGACAAAUAUUGCAAUCAUUAAAUAUCGUACUAACAACAAUCAAAAAUUCGAAAUAGCUUGCUAUAAAAAUAAGGCUAUAAAUUGGAGGAAUGGAGUUGAGAAGGAUUUAAAGUAUACUAUCACCAAAUAAUUUAGUGAAGUACUCUAAGUCUAUGAGGUGUUCACAAAUGCUACAAAAGGAGAUGUCGCAUCAGGAAAAGAGUUAUAACAAUGCUUUUAAACAGAUGAUAAGGAUCAAAUCAUUAAAAUAAUCUUAGGAAAGGGAGACCUUCAAGUAGGAGAUAAAGAAAGAGAAGCCUAAUUGGAGCAUUAUUAUAGGGACAUAGUCAAAUUCAUACAGGAAAAAUGCAUCCAUGCCAUUUCGGGUAGCCAACUUACAUAAUAAUCAAUUGAGUAAGCAAUUUCGAAGGUGUAAUUUGUGGUCAAGACGGAUAAAUCUGUUAAAUUAUAGGCUUUGCAAUGCAUUAAAAAACUUAAGGAGAGCUUUUUCAUUAAAAGAGCUCCAAUGAAAGUAUCCAUCUCAUUUAUUGAUGAAUAAAUGGAAUUGGUGCAUAUGAUGUUAGAGGAACUAGGACUCUAGGAUAUUGAUCAAUAGAAUAAUAAAUUCAUUUUUUUCAUUGAUCCUAAAUUAUUUAGAACUUUGUCUAAUAAAAUUAAUGAAAAUAAAUUUAAAAGCACUUUGGAAGUAAUUGAACCAGCAAUUAAAUAAUAAAUUGAUGGAAUUGAUAACAUAGCCCAAGUCAAGUUGUAAAUGAGAUUACAAAAAUUGUAAAUCUCUGACUCAGAGGAAUCUGACGACGAAUAGUAUUAAAAGUACAAACAGAAAGGCCUUAAAAAAUAGAAACAUCAAAAAAAGCAACAAAUUCAAUAAUAGUAACAAAUGAAAAAGUAAGUUGAAGAAGAUGAGUAGAAUCAAUUAAAAUAAAUUUAAUAGUAAUCACAAAAAGAUAAUGCAAUAAGUGAUAUGAGUAAGCAAUUUAAGUGUACUUAAUGUUUGAUCUCGUUUGAUACUAAUCAAGAAUUUAGAUAACAUUAUAAAACAGAUUGGCAUCUCCAUAAUACCAAAUUAAAAUAAAGUGGAAAGAUAUGUUUAUCAUAUGAGGAGUUCUUAGAUGGUUAAAUCCAAUUUAAGAUGCUCAAAUGA